AUGGCCUCGAUGGACAAACACAAUCUCACAGGGCUAAAGGAAUUCAUCCUCCAGGGAAUCACAGACCGCCCGGAGCUGCAAGCUCCCCUGUUUGUGUUCUUCCUCAUCAUCUACGUGAUUUCACUGGUGGGAAACCUGGGCAUGGUCAUCCUCACCAACAUAGACUCUAAGCUGCAAACCCCCAUGUACUUCUUUCUCAGACACCUGGCAUACAUUGACCUUGGCCAUUCAACAGCUGUGGGACCCAAGACCUUAGUCAAUUUUAUUGCUAAUGAGAAUAGAAUCCAGUAUCAUUGGUGUGCCACACAGCUGGCUUUCUUUCUCUUCUUCAUUAUUAGUGAAAUGUUCAUUCUGUCGGCAAUGGCCUAUGACCGCUAUGUGGCCAUCUGCAACCCUCUGCUCUACAGAGUUGUCAUGUCACAGAAAGUCCGUUGGGUGCUGGUGUUAAUCCCCUAUGCUUACAGUGCCUUUAUCUCUCUGAUAAUCACCAUAAAAAUUUUUAUUUCAUCCUUCUGUGGCUACAAUGUCAUUAGUCACUUCUGUGACAGUCUUCCUUUGGUAAUUUUGGUGUGCUCAGAAAUGCAUGACGUUGAAAUGUUAAUAAUGGUCUUUUCAGCAUGUAACUUGAGUUUGUCUCUUCUGAUAGUCAUUGUGUCCUACAUACUUAUCAUUAAGGCCAUCCUCAAAAUGAAGUCUGCCAAGGGUAGGCACAAAGUCUUCUCUACCUGUGGAUCUCACUUGACAGCGGUGGUCAUAUUAUAUGCGACUCUAUUCUUUAUGUACGUGCAGCCCAAAUCUAGCCAUUCCUUUGAAAAAGACAAAGUGGCCUCUGUGUUUUACACAUUGAUAAUACCCAUGCUGAAUCCCCUGAUCUACAGCUUGAGGAAUAAAGAAGUAAAGGGUGCCCUGCAAAGAACAUGGAAUACUAUGUGCAAGUUCCCAAUAUAA